GCACUCGAAUUCGCCAAAAAAAAGACCGAACUAAGCUGCUAAAAUUUUAAUCAGAAUUCGGCGCAUAAUAAAUAAAUUAGCCGUAUAUUGAACAAAAUUCUCUGUGAAGUUUCAUAUUAACGCCAUAGAUAGAGGCAACCCAACAGUUGCACAACAGCUGCACACACAAACACAAACAUAUUCGGUUCGUGAAAAAACAGGCGGCGGCAGCAGCAGCGACGGCGACAGCGGCGGCGACGCAACACACGCGACUUGCAAGCAAAACACGGCGAGGAGGACGAUUUGUAGUGUGUGUGUGUGUGUUUGUGUAUGUGUGUGUGCGUUUAUGUAUUCAACAACAAACACGAGGAUAAUUUAAGUAAUCAACAAGAAGAAGAGGAGGAGAAGCAACAGCAAUCAUAAUGGAUGUAUACGAUGUGAGCGAUGAUCUGGUGAAGAAGCUCAACGACUGGAAACUGAUUGCCAUCAUUUCGGGUAAAUUCAAUGAGCUGAAAGAGAACUACUCCAAGGUGAACUUUGUGGAGCACGCCCUGAUCGACUUCAAAUACAUGGAAAAGAUAUUCUUAACUGUGUCGCUGCGCGAGAAUAAAUGCAAUAAGCGCAGCGUCGAAUUUCGCAUGCUUGGCAACGAGCAAUUCUCGCUAAAAAACAGGAAAUAUUUUCAGGCACUGGAAUUGUAUAACAAGAGCAUUUGCUAUGCGGAACCCAAUUCGGAGCAUUUGUCCAUUGGGUAUGCAAAUCGAUCGGCUGUCUUCUUCGAGUGGAAACGGUAUCGGGAGUGCCUGGCUAAUAUUGAGUUGGCUCGCAAGGCCAACUAUCCGGAACGGCUGCGUCACAAGCUGGACAAGCGGGAGCGCGAUUGUCAGCAGCUGGUGCAGCAACAGCCGCCGGAUAUUGUGCCCUACAGGUUCAAGUUGAGCUUUGAAUCGCAUCCGCAGGUGCCGUCGAUCGCCAAUUGCCUGGAGAUGCGCGAAACGCCCGACGAGGGCAGAUUUAUAGUGACGAACCGGGAUCUGGUCGUUGGCGAUGUAAUUGCCAUCGAGCAACCGUUCUGCUCAUCCCUGUUGGCGCCGAUGCGUUACAUUCGGUGUGCCACGUGCAAAGAGGAGCGUUAUUUAACGCUAAUACCCUGCGACAGCUGCUGCUCGGCCAUGUUCUGUUCGGAGGAGUGCAAGGAGCGGGCGACCAGCACUUUCCACAAGUACGAAUGCCCGAUUAUUGAUCUACUGCAUCGCAUGUUCAACAAAAUCCAUGGAAUUGCGUUGCGCACGACGUUGAGUGCGCUGGAUUUGCAUGGCAGCAUUGAAGAGCUGAUGGCGUACUGUGAUCAGCCCCAGAAUCAGCACAAGUCCGUCUUCGAUCUGGACUAUACGCAAUUGACGCCCCAGGAGCAUUAUCGUGCCAUCCACGGCCUGGUGACGAAUCAACAUUUACGCUCCGUAUCGGAUCUCUUUCAGCGUUCGGUUGUCUGUGCCGUCCUCAAGCACUUUAUCAUUGAGUAUACGCCGCUCAAGGAGUACCUUGGCGGCGAGGAUGGACGUAAUUUCUUUACGGAUCUAUUGUUCCGACAUCUACAGACAUCACCAUCGAAUAUGCAUGGCAUCGAUCUCGUCGAACAGCCCAAUGAGACCAAGGACGAUCAGUCGUACGCAUCUGGCGCCUACGCGUUUCUCUCCCUCAUCAAUCACUCCUGUGCACCGAACACCAUGCGCAUCAAUCAGGGCGUACACGCCUAUCUAUUCGUCCUGCGACCAAUCAAGGCCGGCGAUGUGCUUUACGAUAACUAUGGCGCCCACUUUGCUGUGUUCAGCAAGAAGCAGCGCCAGGAGACGCUCUCGAUGCAGUAUCGUUUCAAUUGCAAGUGCGAAGCAUGCGAAUUGGAUUAUCUGAAAUAUAGACAGUUGCCGCACAAGGCGUGCGUGCCGCUGGUGACUGAUGAUACCGAUAUGAAAUUAUUGGGUGCCUAUAACUAUGAUUUUGCGGUGAACAAUUAUCGGAAAUAUUGUGAGUUUCUCACGCAAUACGCGGACGCUUUCCCCUGCGCCCAGAUCAGUUCCGCCGAAGAGUGCCUGAAAAUGGCACUGCAUGUCAUGAUGGAUGCGGUGCCGCUCAAGGCGAAAAUGUAAAUCUGUGUCUGGGACACACAUAUACACUGACUGCCUCGCAACAACCCGCCAUCCCACCACCAACAGCACCAGCAGCAUCAUCACCAUCAGCACCACCACUCCCAAGACCAUCCCCAAGACAAACACAGCGACGAACUCUAUAAUUAUAUCUGGACGAGCAAGCAUUAAUUAUCCCUCUCUAAUAAUAAUUUGUUGCCAUAAGUUUCUUAACGCAUUUGGCAGCUGCAGCAGUUGUUGAUUUAAAUUGCACCACACACCACAAACACAACAUACACAAUCAAACUGUUCUUUAAUAUUUAUCAAAUUGUGAAUUUUUAAUUUUACACUUACACACACACACACAAAAUCAUCAUUUGUGUGUCACUUGAAAAUGAGAUAAAAAAGCAUACAGAAUUUUUUAGGUCCUUUGCCUUAUGCAUAUAAACAUUAAUGUAACUAGGUCGCAUGCUCAAAAUUUUUGUAAUGUUGUUUGGAUCACCAAUGUCUUCGAAACUGCUAAAGAAAAGAGAAAAAGAAAACACUUUUUUGUAAUUAUUUUACAAACAAA